AUAAGCGAGAAAACAGUUACGGACCAAUAUGGCGGCGGAAUUUCGAAUUUUGAAAGUGAGAAAUCGUAAACAUUGACGUUCUCGGUGAGUCAUACAUUUGUGAAAAAUAGAAUAGAUGAUGAUGGAGUCUGAUGAAAGUGGCAGAUCUGGUGGGUCCAGAGGGUCAUCACAUGACGGGGGAGGUUCAGAAGAUGAGAGCUACAUGCACGACUUCCAGCCCCUGGCAGCCCAGGCUGUGUCCACACGAUCCCUUCCUGUGCACACGAAGGACAUCACCCAGCCUCUCACAGUCCAGUCCCCCCCAGAUCUCAUCGAGUUCUCUGAGUUAGAAGACUACCCGUCCCUGGAGCAGCUGCCCCUGGAGCAGUCCCCCUCCCAGGGGGAUGUGUCGAGUGAGGAGUCCCCACCCCACGUCAGGAUCCUCAGGGCUGGAGGGGCACACAAGUCUCCAUCAGGGGACAGCUUCGCCCUUCCUCAGGUUGGGUUUGAGGACAGCAUGGAGAUGCCAGGAUUGAGCCCUACUGCUGGUGCCUACACAAGUUCACAGUUACCCCACGAGGAAACAAGAUCAUCAGAGGAUACACUCGUCGGGGAAGGGAUGAAAAGCUUGGAAGGAAGUGAUCAUCAAGACAAACUGGAGGGAGGGUCCCUGUCACAGCAUACGACAAGCAGCAUCUCUCUCCCUCCACACAGCAAGUCCAGUCACUCUUCUCUCUCACAGCACACAAUGUCCAGUCAUUCCACUCUGUCCCACCCUGGUAUGGAGGAGAGAACUCUGCUGGCCGAGCAGCCGGACCUGUCCGAGUACCCCCUGCCUGAACAUGACGAGGGCGCUGACGCAGCUGUAGAUCAGGUCAGCAGGAUACUGGACAUGCUGGGACCCAGGCCAAGUGUGACAGGACAAGAAACCUUUCCCACGUCCUCCACAUCAGAAGGAAGUGUCCGAAGAGGCAGUCUGGAGAGGGAGCCGGCAGGAGUGAUGUCCAGGAUAUCCCUGCUGUCCACGGAGAGCAGCAGCAGGAUUCAUGGGAUAUCACAGAUGAACCUGGACAGCAUGGAGAGCCAGGACUCUCUCGCACAGAGGGUGAAGGACCUGUUAGGAGACUCCACUCAGGCUGGUUCCAGGCUAUCAGGUUUGGGUGCACGUCAGUCUGCUGCUGGCAGGAGUGAUGAUGGAGUCACAAGUACAGGUACCAGAGAGAAGUCAGAGCGAGACUUUGAUGCUGAUGUUGAUGAUGUGGUGUCUUCGAGUCAGAGUAACAAUAUGGUGAACAUUCACGACUCUAUUGCCGGCAGGAAGCCGCUGAGCCAAUCCACCCCUUACAUGGUUCUCCCCGUAGACCCGCUCACACAAAUCAAACUGCCCACACCUCAAGUCAAGGAAGCAGAGGAAGAAGAACAACCCUCUAGGGUGAACAGUGGACAGGAGAGAACAAUGGACAUGUCUGCAGGGACUACAGUGCCAAAGCCUGAUGACAUGGCCUUCAAAAGGCAAGCAUGGGGUGCAUUUCCACCACCCUCCCAGGAAAGCAGGCACAGCCAGAUAAGUCAGGAUUCUUUAAAUCCCUCACAGGAGCCCCAGAGAAAGUACCUGUCUGAGGAUGUGCAGAGGUUCCCUCCCCUGGGACUUGUGGAGCUGGAGGCAGGUCCUCACAGUCAGGAAACCUUAGUAAAACAGCUGGAGGGGAAGACAGAUUAUGUUGGAAAGAGACUGUCUGACAGAGAGCUGUCACCCAGAGACUCUCCCCCUGAUGUUAAGAAACCCAGGAACGAGGAAGAAUUAGCCAGCACCACACCAAGCCAGUACGUACAACCUGAAUCAGCUCGUACUUCUCGAAGUAGCUACAUCAGAGGCAUGAAUCUGGAGAGCAUCGACAGCGAGGAUUCAAUAGCAGACCGGGUGAGGUAUCUGUUAGGUGGCGACUCCCCUGGCACAAGUGAUCACCAGCUGUCUGCAAGAAGUGAGCUAAGCAGUCAGGGAGUUCCCCGAGAAAUCCAAAGGACCAGUUCUACACAAGGGUAUACAUCCCAUGCCCAGAGGCCGGUGACUGAUAGUCAAACACUAGGUGUGGGUGUUUCACCAGGAGAAACAUCACCCCUACACGUCACAUCAUUAGCAGGCAGAGAACACACCCUGAAGAGGUCCAGCUACGAGGAGUUCUGGAUCGACCCAGAGAGGCCAAGUUCUGCAAACGGCUCUCCGUCCAGGCCUGUUGGGUUGACGAGUUCCCAGAGAAGUGCCAGUGACUCGGAGCUGCACGUGUCGCCCCGAGGUGGCAGGAGAAGCAGGAGGGAGAGGUAUGACGAGGUGAGGAGCCAGGCAAGACUCAGCAGAGCUGCUGACUUCACUUCUUCUGCAGAUGUACAGCAGGAAGGCAAAGAUCCAGGAGUUAGUCAACAGCCUACAAGCAGAACAAGUGAUUUACCUGCUAGUUCUUAUACACAGCCAUAUCAGUUUGUCAGCACAGCUCUGCCAGGAGACACCACCUCACACGAGGGAGGAGCUGGCACGUUCACUGCCCCAAGUUUUGAGCUGGAUCAGCAGGAGUUGUCUCGUGCGAGUGGUCACACACACUACACGGUGGACACCUUGUCUCAGAGUGUGUCCCUCCCUAUUGGCUCAGUGCACAGCCCCAACACUACUGGUCCAGCUGAACACACUACAGCACAAUAUGAGGAAGUGAACAGACAGGAGUUUAAACUACAGCUAGAAAACGAUGUUCUGGAAGGAGAGAGUGCUGUGCAGACGGCACGUACCAACAACACUGCACGCACACAAAAUGGCGGACUGACAGGUCGCACGCUGAGCCCUGCUAGCAGCCGAGAUUCCCUCGCCCAGCAAGUGUACGAUAUUCUCACUUCCCCUUCAUACUUGGAUCGGUACAGUAACACGGACGGACCGACCUCCCCCCUCCUGGCUGACCCCAGCUACAAGGUGGACCUACAGACCAGGCUGGGCCUGGGAAGAGAUGACGAGGGAGAAACCCCCCGAGGUCCCUCUGUGGCAGAACUUCAUGAGAAAACCAGACAGCUGUUGGAGCAGUAUGACAAGGAGAUGGCUGAAAGAGGGUCCCUUGAAAGUGAUGGUGUGCCGACAGCCAGACAUUCUGCUUCCAGCCAGUAUGCUGAUAGAAGGUCUAUAGAAACCAGGUCGAGAAUGUCAUCGGGAUUGGAUAAACCAUCACAACACGCAAGUCGGACUUCACUAGAAAACAUGUCCAGGCUGUCGGGAAUGGAAAAAGCACAACAUACAGGACAGACCUUGGUGGAGGACAGGUCCACAUUGUAUGGGUUGGAUAGACCUCAACACGCUGAAAAGACAGUAGGAGAAAGUUACAUGGCCGGAGUGGACAAAACACAACAAAGGAUGUCAGAAGAAGACAGAUCCCCAUUGUAUGGUUUGGAUAGACCACAACACACUAGCAGGAGCUCAUUAGAGAGCAGGGCCAGGUUGUCUGGGGCAGACAGAGAUGAAGAGGAAAGAUACCAGUACCCUCACGACAGCAAGUCAUCUAUCAGGGUGUCUGCCAUCAGUGGUGGGGAAGAGAGGACAGAACCACCCCAGAGUACUGAAGGGAAUCCUGUUCCUACACUGUCUGAAGAGAGUGUGAGAAGGGAGUCUAACAGGAAGGCUGCUGAGGAACCACUUUCUCCUCGGAGCCGGACCAGUCGGGGUUCUGUGAUGAGCCAGAUUGUGUCUCCCAGACGAGCGCCGAGUCAGACGUCCACCGUGUCACAGCUGGACACAGCCAGGACCACAGACUCCCUGGACUCACUCGCCUAUAAGGUGAGGCACCUGCUUGCGAGGGAGUCCCCCGAGAGGAGGGUUGACGCCAUCCUGAAGGAAGCAGAGCUUGUGGAGCAGACCGCCAUCACCGAAGCCCUGCUGGAGGAGGCAGAGCGGACAGAACAGGCCCUGUCAGGCACGCCAACACGCAUCUACGACAUCCAGCGCUCUCGACGGACAAGCGAGGGCAUGAGGUCAUCCCGGUCGUCAGUGUCCAGCAGACUGAGUGUGGAGUCGGCGACCUUCGCUCCAAUUGGACUGCCCUUCACCGCCUUCGACUUUGCCAGGAAUCUCAUCUCAAACCAGCUGACGAAAGUUGCCGAGAACAAGUUUGACCACAGCGUGAACCUGCUGGGCAUGACGCCGCAAGUGUCACAAGAAACAUGGGACCCAACCGAGGUCGGGACAGGAGUGGUCAGAGGUGACAGGUCAGGAGUCAGCCAGAGGGCAAGUGAAGGUCGUCCAUCAAGGGCAUCCCACCACUCCACGCAUUCAACUGACAGGGAUGAAAUGUAUUAUAACCAUCAAAGACAUGAUGCAAGGAGCAGCCGACAAAGUUUUGACACCAAAUAUGGAGAGGAGGAUGAGAGAAAUGCAGACUUUUGGGCCACCCCGCAAAGAUCCAGAGAACCUAGCAGGCAGGGUUAUCAUCAUGAUGAUAAGUCCAUGGGCUUGAGAGAAGCACAAAUGCAUGUGCCACAAGAGAAGAAGGAAAAGGUAGCUGCCACUGCUGAGCCUCGUGAAGACCAAACCCUGCAGUACCCAGACGUGCAGACAGGGGGCAUUAGAGGAAGCCUUACUGGGGGACCAAGGGAAGGAGUCAGGGGAGGAAGGCCAGGCCCGCGGCUGCAGCUGUACCGUCCAGUGGGCAGUCCUGAUGUUUUCUACGUCCCUCUGGCGGAGGACAAGGAACCGGACACACCGGUCUCACAGACCACUCUGGAGAGCACCCAUCUGGGGUCUGAUGAUGCAGAGUCACCCUCCUUCCCAGCCAGCUACCUGGGAACCCGGAAAGACACCUUUGAAGCCAUCCACUCAGUGGGCAUCUAUGGCACACGCAAGUCACCCAAGUACCUGUCAAAACUCUCCAAGUCCCAGGAGGGCUCCCCUCAAGACAAGUCAGCCAGGACGGGAGCCAGGGAGCUGCAGAAAGAACCCAGGGUGAAGCCUGGGGGAGAGUCUGAUGGAAUCAAUGAGGAGAGAGUCAGGGCAAUCAUAGAACGGGAGAGAAGAAGCCUGGGUGGGGAGGAUGGGACUCCAUCGGCCACAGAUAGGUCUAGAGAGGAGAGGUUCAGAGUGGUUGAGAGAAAGGAAAAAAGUCCUGGUGAAGGGAGAAGGAGUGAUUUAACAAGGGAUAAACCAGCAGCUGCAGGUCACAGAGAAGUACACAGAGAUGGUAGAGACCGCCUGAGUGAUCAUAGGGACAGGGCUCAAGACAGGCCUGUAGACCACCCAGCUCGAGCCAGGGAAAUCAUGUCUGGGGAAGGUACAAGAGAGAGACAACGUCCCAGAUCUACAGAUGCAGGUGACCUCAUCAGGACCAAGCCAGCUGCUUCCUUUAUAGAGUACCCAGCCAGUCUGCAGAGUAGGUCUCCACCAGAAGACAGGGAGGAAGACUUUAAAGCACUGCAGCCAGAACCACAGUCACCUCUGAAAGGGAGGGGCUUAACUAGGGCAGAGUUGGACGACCAUCUGCUCAGGGACCGGGGACUCAAAGACCGACGUCGCUCCCCACCAGCUGAAGCCUACCACAGACCAGCAGCCAGACAAGACUUGGGCUACAGGAGAGCAACAGAGACAUCUCCAUCCAGGUAUAGAGGGGACAGGGAUGGUGGAUACGGUAGAGAUAGAACGAGGGAUUACAUACGAGAAAGACCAACUGAUGUGAGGCCUCCAGGUGCAGCAGGUUAUGAUCGACAUGGAGCUGUAGGAAGGACAAGGGCGGAUCGUUCUCCGAUCAGAGAUUAUGUCAGUCCUGACAGAGAUAGGGGUGCAAGAGUCAGUCCUGGGAGAUACCAGGCUGCAAGCCCCGGAAGGUAUAGAGAGACUAGACCCUACAGAGACACUUACAGACAUGAAUACGACACAAGAAGAGCCAGGGAUAGUCCUCGUAGGGACUACGACAUCUCGACUCUCCGAAGGAAUCAGGACGUCCUCCGAGAGGUGCUGGAACUGGAGGAGAGGGUUGAAGGGAGGUUAGAGGGGAGGCCCAACCUGGACGAGCUCUGGAACAACUUCCAGGAGGAGGUUGUGAGUAAGAUGGAGGAGGAGGAGAAGCUGGAGCCUGCACAGCUGGAAGAGCUGGCCAGCAUGAUGAGGGACCCGCUGAAGUUCAGCCUGCAGCAGAUGUACAAGGACCACGUCCAGCGCAAGGCACAGCAACAGGGGAGAACGGCUGAGCCACCUCAGGAGGAAGGAGAGACGUCAUGUGAACUACGUGAUGCCAUCAAGGUUAAGAUGAAGGAUCUGGAGCAGACAGAGGACCUUGACACACCCACUCCAGACACAAUGCCAGCAGUGGCAAAGAAAGCCCAGAAAUCUGAAAGAAAGCAAGGACAUCGGGAGAAGUACCCCGAACCCCCAGGCUCUGCCUCUAGUACUCUAACUGAAGGUGAAGAGACAUUGACUGAAGAAAGGCUCGAGAAGCCCCAAGAAAAUCAACGCAAAAACAGACCUGCUGAGAAGAAGCCUUCAAGAAAAUCCAAAGCUGAGGCCCCUCCAAGAGAAGGUACCAAAUCUCCCAGAGAAGAUCCUUCUGCAGCAUCUCUUCUGGACAGCAUCAACACACAGAGGCUGACUAAGAUCUUUGGAGACUUGCACAGCCCUGCCAGCUCAGAUGUCAACUCUCUUGCUUCAGACAGCUCCAGUGUGUCCAGCAUUGACUCUGCACGCUUCUACCAGGUGUUUGGACAGAGCAACCCAAAGCUGCGGGACUUGGCCAAGAAGAUCCAGAAGCAGAAGGAUCGGCACGGCAAGAAGAGAGAAAAGAGCGGGUUAUCAUAUCUGAGUAGUGGAGCGUCCACACUGACCUUAAGUCCUGUGCCUGAGACAGAUAGAGACUUGACCGAUGACACCUCUCCUUUGAGUACGGCAAGCUCAGAUGCUGGAGACGUGAAGAAGCAAACCAGGAAGACUUUAAGUUUAUACCCACAGGAAACAGAGUCCAGCCCCAAUGACACUGACAGCAGUGUGCCAUGUCAGUGUAAAGCCAAGAAAGAGGGAAGGGAAGAGAGGCAAGAACGGAUCAAGAGAUACCAGGAGGCCAGACAUAAGGAGCCAACAAGGAAGGAAACAAGAGAAGAGGACACCUUCAAGAAACCAACCCAACCUCCUCAGAGGAAACAGAAAGCAGGAAAACAGGAGCGGAGGCAUCCCAAGAAGGAGAAGAAGAAUGACUUCGGAGCUGUGUUCCCUUCACCGGUCACUGCCUCCACUCCUGCUCCCCAUGGCAACAAGGUUACCAUAGGGAUACAGACCACGCCCUCGCUGAACUCAAGUGUCGACAGUUCCGUCAGCACUCCUCGGGAGAGGAGCAGAGGAACACAGACCACACCUUCUCUGGACUCGGGCAGCGAUACAUCGACAAAGAGGCCAAAGGAGAGAAGGAAGCAGAAACCAGACAAAACCAUCUACUACGAGUCCACCCCCAUGCACAAGUCUGGAGCAGCAGACAGAGGAAGGCCAGCUGAUGAAGGGAAUGUUUCUGCUAUCAGUAGCCCAGGGGGAAUGGCCUGGUUCCAGCCUAUGGUUGAGGAUAAGCCCUGGAGACAAAGGAAAUCCAGUGGUGGUUCUCUUGGCAGCCCUACGGAGGACAAUCUGCCAGAGAGGAGAAGAGCAAGGUCAGGCAGUCAUGACGAUAAACUCGUGGUGUCCGUUCCAGUAACCACUCCUGAGCAGAAGGGUAAGGACCAUCAGCCUCAGGAGGCCCCACAGUACCCAGUCUUGUUUGAGUCUGUCAAGAAGCGGAAAGAAGCCAGGGAGACCAAGCCAAAGUCUACAGAAAAGGGGGAGGAACACUCAGUAAAUGCUCGACCAGGCCUGGCGUGGUACGUGCCGGUUGCCCAGGACCUGCCGUGGAGGAGACCGUUCCAGGAGCGUCAGCAGUACCCGCAGGACAGACAGGACCAGAUCGUCAGGUGGAUGGACGACACCAGUCCUCACAGGAGGGCUCCCAACCAACCACCCAGGCCACUGGAGAGGCUUACACUGCAGGAGGCUCUGAAGAUGCGUAACCCGGCCUUCAUCUCCAAGUCACGUGAGCGCGUGCGUCGGAUGGAGCUGGCAGCGGAGGAGCGCCGUCACGAGGAGGAGUUUGAGCUGGAGAGGAUUAGGCUGUUUGGGGAGGAGAGGAGGCGUCGCCAGGCAACCGAACCCGCCCCUCAGUCUGAAAAUCUGCACAGGCCUAAGAAAAGGAUCAUUACCAAGAAGGAGAUGGCAGCCAGGAGUAAAAGGAUGUAUGAAAAGCUGCCUGAGGUGCAGAGGAAGAAAGCUCAGGAGAGAAGACAGGCCUCGUACAAGUCCAACAGGAUCAAGGCACAGUUAUUCAAGAAGAAAGUGCUGGACAGUCUGAGAAGAAAGAAUGACAUCAUUUACUAAAGCUUUAUGGAAAGCUUUGGUCUCCAACAUUUAAAAGCUACAAUUACAUUCAAAGUGUGGUGUUUUUAUAACCUUUAAUUUCAUUCAUCUUAAACUGUGCAAUCAAGAAUAUUUGUAAAUUUUUGUGUGUGUAUUUCGAGUGCUAUGUGCAGAUGAUUGUUUGGAUUCAAUUGGUAUUGCCUGAUAGUGUAUACAUAACAUGUAGCAAAAUGUACCUAAGUCUUUUUCUUCCUUAGGAAAAUUCAUAAUUUUCAGGAGUAAAAAAGAGUUGUUUAUAGAAGAUAAUCUGUAAACAUUUGUAAUGUGCCAACUACAUUUUUGUACAUAAACCCAGUUUGAGAAGUAUGCAUUUCAGUCAUUUAUAUCACCUAUGAAAUUCUGUUAAAAAGUCUUUUUGUUUGUUUUUAUAGACAAAAUAUUCUACAGCAAAACAAGCUGUCAAUUCAAACAAUGUUGUGACAUUUUGAAGAAAGGUAUAUUUUUCAAUAGAAUGGUGUCAAAAUUCUGUGGACGUCUUCCAUGCCAAACUGAUUUUGCAACAGUUUUCUUAUAUGUACAGGAAAAUAACUAUCAAGUUUAACUGUG